UUUCACGUUUUUUCCCUGGGACAUUUAAGCGGCGGAGCUCCAUAGGGGCGGAGCUGACGUGUGAUUUAAGAUAUCCGUUCCCGAGGAAGUCCCAUGAUUCCCUCGAGAUUGACAACCGGUAAUCUGACACACCGGAAACCUUACGCUUGUACGUAAAAUCUGCAAAUUGAUUCAGCAGAAGGUGCCGGUAUAUAUAAAUGAUGCUGCGACUGCAUGCCUGCUCGGGUGUAUUCUCACGUCCAUCAUUUUCUCUCGCGGCUUGCCACGGUUAAUUAAUCGACUUUGCUACUAAAAAGCUGGAACACUGUUUUGUGCCGGUUUUUCUCUGUACUGACAUUAUUCACAUACUCGGAUGCAUCUACCGUUCGUUAUGCCACUAAAGCCUAACAAUUCCCUGCAUGCCAUGGUCUCACCGCGACCCAUGCGCCGUACAGUGGAGGCCACAAAAAGCGAUGGUGGCGAAAACAACAACAAGGAAACUUACAGGGUUGUCAUGCUCGGCUCAAAUGGUGUGGGAAAAAGCGCCCUCGUGGAGAAUUUCGUUAGACAAAGGUCAUUAAGGAAGUCACGGCACAGCUCCAACGAAAUGCACCAUAUUGAAUUCACGGAAUUUGGACAUGCCGUAACCGUUGAGCUAUUGGAUACAUCCGAUUACCAAAAUUUUCCGGCAAUGCGUGAAUUAGCCAUCAGACAAGCGCACGCUUUCAUCCUAGUUAGCAGUGUGGACUCUGAGGAAUCCUUUGAACACGUCAAGGAAUUGCGACAGGAAAUUCUCCGUAUUAAACAAUCUCAAAGCCCCGCCAAUCAGCCUCCCAUCCUUGUUGUUGCCAAUAAGAUUGACCUUCCCAAGCAUCAGUGGAGCUUUGAUACGGCUUACGCCGAACUUGUGGUGCACUGCGAUUGGGAAGACUGCGGUUUCGUCUCGUGCUCCGUCCAGGAACCAAACAGUGUACAAAAAAUCUUCGAUCAGAUGAUCAUACAGAUCAACGCAUCGACACUGCGCGAACCCGGAAGUCGUCCGCCGGCCAAGAACAUGACCCGGCGACAGUCCGUACCGAAUCUCCUUGAUGUACCCGUGGAGAGUAUUAAACGAACACCCUCUUUCCCGCGCAAAAAGAAGCUCUCACGCAGUCCCAAUCCGGCCACCCGACUCGAAUCCCACGAGCCAGCCUCACCUGUUCGCCGUGUCCCUUCCUGUAAUGUGCAAUAAAUUCCCGGAAAUAUUGUUUCUUGCGGGAAGUGUUUUCUGGAUACUGUGUCAUCAUUUGUCUGUGGUUCGAUCAGCUAUGGAGAUGCUGUGCAAUCUCACGCAUGACUUGUACCAUAAGCCGGCUUUUAUGCUCUUUAGCCCACCAUCACAUGUUCAUUCAUGAAAUUAUUUUUUGCCCCCCAGCCACGAUGGUGAUUAAAAUCAUUAAGAAGA